AUGGAAAUUAUUAAUCAUGAUUCAAAAUUAUUAAAAAUUAAUCAAACAAAUGAAUUUAAUGAUUUAUUUUGGGCAAUGAAAGGUGGUGGUAAUGGUAAUUUUGGUGUUAUAGUUUCAUUAUCUUUUAAAUUAAUUAAAGCACCUAAAAUGGUAAUUAAAUAUGAUUUACAUUGGAAUAAUUAUAAUAAUAUUUAUAAAGUAUUUAAUAUUUGGCAAAAAUUAGCACCUCAUACAGAUAAUAGAUUAACAAGUCAAUUUACAAUUUUUAAUAAUUCAUUUGCCUCUCAAGGUUUAUUUAUAGAUGGUACUGAAAAUGAAUUAAAAUUAUUAUUAAAUAAUUUAAUAGAAUCGAGUAGGGAAAAUAUGGAUCAAUUAAAUUUUAAAAUUUAUUCCUAUUAUGAUAGUAUAUUAGAUUAUGCACAAUGUAAAAAUGAACAAGAUUGUUUAAAUGAAAUGAAAAAACAACCAUCUAUUGAAAAUCCUAUUUUAUAUAAAACUAAAAGUUCAUAUGCAUUUAAAGAAAUACCAAAAGAAGGAAUUGAUUAUUUCAUUGAAACUAUACCAAAAUUACAAUUACAAUCAUCAUCUUUUAUUUGUGUACAAUUUGAUUCCUAUGGAGGUGCAAUUAGAGAGAAUGAUAUUAAUCUUGUGAAAAGUUCAUUUCCACACAGAUUAGCACUCUAUCAUGCACAAUAUAUGAUUUAUUAUUCAAAUAGAAAUGAAAGAUAUCAAGUUGAACAAUUUAUUAAUCAUUUAUAUGAUUUAACUGUUCCAUUUCUAUCUCCACAUUCAUAUGUUAAUUAUUGUGAUGCCUAUUUAAAAGAUUAUGAAUUUGCAUACUAUUCAAUUAACAUGUUCAAAUUAAGAGAAUUGAAAAAGAAAUAUGAUCCUUUCAAUUUGUUUAAAUAUGAACAAUCAAUUUCAUUCAUUUAA